CCAGCCAGAGGAGAGUACUGAAUCGAUGUGUCUGGUGCCUGAACCCUCGCUACUGCUGGCUCACUGCCUAGGAUAUGGACCCCAGCAUCUGAAAGGAGGUGUGACCGACCCACUGCGUCUAUCCGCCGGAAUUUUACGUAAACAAAAUCGGGGGUAACAAUUCUAUUCUCUUACAAGUGCGACAAGUUGCAAUUGUUGAGCCUUCAGACUAGUUUCCCCCAACAUUAUCAUUUGCCUGAGUGAACUUGUUUUGAAAGUAUCUUAAUCUAGUUUAUAUAAAGACGUCACAGAUGUGUAUUUACUACCCUCGUUGUGUGUUCUGAAGCCGUUUUAUGUCAAGAAUGUCGGAUAAGGGAAGAAGAGAUUUCUAGCGAGAAAUUUGUUGAUCUGAAUUCUGACGAAACUGACAGUGUUUAACAGAAGUCUGAAAUAACACCAAGAGAAACAGCUCAGUAAUGACAACACAGAAGUGUUGUUCAUUUUUAAUACUUCUAUAUUAAAACCACAUAAACAGAAUUGGUUAUCAUGGCGAGGCAGAGGAACGCCGAGGAAGAUUACGACAGUAGGAGGACAAUGAAGUGCAUAAAAUUUGCCAGAAGGUUUCAGUAACAAAAACGACUGGACCAGCCAUGAUGUUCCUCCCGGAUGGCAGAAAACUUCUGGAGUCAAAUAAAAGUGACAUCUUUAUCAAUUCGACUUCUGGCAUCCCAAGUACUUCCAUUGGAAGUCCUGAUGAUGGCUUCUUUGGUAACAGUUCCUACAAUGCUUCGGGGGAGGGGAUGGUUGACUUCGGAGAAAUUGAUUUCGGAUUCUCAGACAUGCAGACAGUGUUCCUGGCCUGUUUCGCAACUCUCAUGCCGCUCAUGUUCAUCCUCGUAACAGCAAUCGGAGUCAGGUUCCUGUGGCGCCGUUUUCGGGCCCGGAAAGGAGACGGCUACGAGGGUGUGCUGCAGAGGGACGGGAGUUCGGACCCGCUGGCCGUGAAAUCCCUCUCAGCUAGCGGCAACCUUCUCACGGACGAGUUGAAGACGAGCGAAUCACAAUUUUCGGUGACACCAGCUGAAGAAAUUGAAGAUGUGACAUCCCAGUCACCGCUGCUCAGCUAUGGAGCGUCUUCAGGCAGUUUACCGAAUCACACCUCCAAGAGUGCCAAUGGGAGCAUCAUAACCAUGACCUUGAAAAACAACCAUCUCAUAGUCGAAACAGAGGAGAGAGGAGUGAAUUUAGAAGAUGGGAACACCAAAAUGACGACGACGAAGUUCACAGCAUCGGCGUCUCCACACGAGAACACCGUGUUCGUGGUUGAGGUGCAGCAAGGCGGUGCUGCGAGGAGCAGCGACGCCGAACUCUACCUCAAGCUGUCAUCAUCCGCGGUCAGUUCCCAGGAAGACAUCGACGAGGAGGACAGCAGCAGAAGGUCUUCAAGCCAGAGAGCACAGGUCCAUCGACCUCCUGAUAUCGACGUAGACGAAGUUUCAGACGAAGAACUAGAAGAAAUAGAUGACGAUGAGGAAGAAGAAGACGAAGAUACAACAGAAAAGAAUGUCACUCGUGAAGAAAUAGUCGAGGAUAGUCAUGAUGGAAGUAUGAAAACGAACACAGGCCUCUCCCAGUCAGAUCUUAGCAUAUCAUCGUCAGGAUCCAAUAACCCGAGUUACCGUUACGGUAAUCAGGUAGGAUACGAAGGAGGACAUUUUGGUUAUCCCCAGUAUGCUGGUUACGCCUCUAGUGAUGGGAAAGCAGAAAGAAAUGCAGAUAGUGCUAGACUAGCUGUUCCAGGGAGGAACACAUCUGUGGCGAUUGCAAUGACAAGGGCAUCUUCCGUCACUGACGGUAACGACAAGAGCAGCAACACAGAGAUGCGAGGGAGAUAUAGCAUUGACGCGACAACAGUCAACAACCGCUUGCUCUCCGACAUACAAGCAAUAGAGAGGCGGCAGCAGGAGGACGACCUUCUGCAGGAAGAACAGAGGCAACUCGGAAACGGCACAGGCACACUGGCAGUCGCUAACGGAGGCACCACGUCAUCUCCUGUGAACGACAAAAUGGAGGACGAUAAUCAAGAUGGUAUCCCUACCGAAAGUCUGACAACUCCGUUAGAGAAAACACACACAGGCGAAAAACAGAACAGUGGCUGUAAGGAUGAAGUUAAUUCCAAGCCGGAAACGGAAGUGAAUACAUCUGCGUUUGAAGUAAACAAUGAGAAGUUUGAUGGGGACGGUGUCUCAGAGGGGAAGAAGAGAGGUUCGCUUCCAGUCAUCACUCCAGAACUUUACACACAGAUUAAACAGACGACCAAAAGUCUGAUUCUGGACAAGGCAUCAAAGCCGGGACUUUCUACUAGAUUCGAGAAGUUUCGCAACGAGAACUCUCCACUAGAUGAUACAGAAAAGGACGUGGUUAAUGAUGCAUCACAACCCAAGGACACAGCCCCAAUUACAUCACAAGAAUAUGAAAACGAGGCUUUCGUUGCCUCUGAUCAGAUAACAAGUUAAUGAGAGAUUAUAAUCACAAGGAACCAAAGUAAAGUGACAUUAUGUAUAUAUACGGGUAAUUUAGGACUCAGUUUAAAGUGAGAAAGUUAAGUUAAACGAACAUAAUUCACAAGUUUUGAAACAAAUUCUGUGUAAGAAAAGUUAGAGAAAAAGAGGAUUGCAAUUAAAACAGAAGGAAAAGACUUUCAUAGUCAGUAAAAUUAUUGCGAAUGCGUAUCAUUCGAAAACACCUAACAAUUCAUCACCAAUGAACUGAAAAAUUCCAAUUUAAAUAUUUUAUCUUGAAACUAUGAAAGAGGUGAUGUGUGUAAGAAGUGUCAAGGUUGUGAAGAAAUUCAUUGUUCGUAACAUGGGUGCUAUGGUGACAUCAUAACAGCUAGAAUAUCGCUUCGUUUAAAUUUCACAUUCCAUAAUUCUUAAGGAUUAACUAAAUAAGAUCACGUUUCACUGAUGUUAGCGAUACAAAUAUUAUGACCCGACAGUAUUAUGAAACAAUAAGAUACAAAUCAAAAUGUUUAAGGAUUUAGUAUACUUUUCUAAACUUUUCGCCCUAUUAUAAUGAUUAUAUAAGUGAGGCUGCCUGCUGUAUAAUCUGAACCUACAUUCAAUGUGGUUUGUUUAUUUGACAAACCAAUUUCACUCAAUUUCAAGAAGUUAUAAUAUGUGACUGCAAAUGCUUCUGAAGUGCAAGUAUUAAGAAAAAAAAACAUGAAAAUAAUUGGAUGAACUUGGUUUUAUUUUUGUUCACUGUUUGAAUGGAUCAAAUUUUUAUAAUUUAAAUCCCAAUUCUGUCGUAAAAAUACCCAAGUCAAUGAGGACAUGAACAGAAUUAGACGAAAUAUAACAUUAGAAGAUAUUUUCAAGUCUGGGUUAUUCAUCUUCUCUAUAUAAAAGAAAGAAACCAAAGAAUCAAGAAGAGUUAACGUCACGUGUGACUAGGACAGGCGCGACAGCUCAGGCGAACCAAGCGGAGUAUGGGACUGUUCGAUUUUAGGAUCUACACAACUUACAGAAUCAUAGUUAAAGAAAAUUAAUUUAUGUUGUGUUUUAUUCAUGCCUCAACUAUUUGCAGUGACCCAGACAUGCUAUGCAGCAUUUAAAUAAAUGUAUCAGGAAUUAAGACAUCAGCAAUGGCUUCCGUCAGAUGUCUGUGAAAUUUUGUAAAAGUUAAUCUGUUUUUAAUUGUGGACAGGAAGCAGAAUUAUCGUCGUUUGGUGAGACAUUUUCAGACUUUUCACUCGUCUUUUCUAUUGUGGUUAAAAUUGCGAUUUUCUUUGUGUAGUCUAACUUAAAUAAAUCUUUAACCAAAUGAAGAAAUAAAUUUAGUAUGAUAUCUAACUGUGUUUACGUUCCCAUGAUUCGAGAAACUUAGAGAAUUAUUUUCAUACACAGACAUCAAAAUGUUGCUUGAAACUGGAUGACAUCAAAUGUAUGUUUCUUAUCGAUACUUGAGAUAUUACACUAUACAAGUAUUGUUUAAUUUUAAUAUAUUUAUAAUACUCCGUGGCCUGUAGUCUUCAAGCACUCCAUUGCCGAAUAAAACCCAACUCUAGAUUGAUUUUUACACAUUCGUAAAUGGAUUUUCGCUUUAAAUCCUCAGGAUUUAAUCGUGUCAAUAAUAUUAGGGAGAAUAUGGACCCGUAAUGACUUUAUAAACAAUGUUCGUUGCUAGGCAACAGAUUUAUAACAAGAGCCAAGGGACUGACUAAAAGCGGUAUAUUCUACGCGGUCUAUGGAUAGAGCAACAGAGGAACGGUGUCUUCAAUACAGUCCGUGCCUAGGCGUUAUAAGCAGGACAAUUAGUCAGUGCAGUGCAUUGCGGGGAAAUGAUUUGUUUGAUUAGUUAAUGAGUUAUUCAGAGAAUGCAAUUCAGUAGUUGUGAGCUGCUGCUGUGAGAAGCUGGUAGCUGAGGCACUGGGAUAGCUCGGGAACCCAGAGUAAGGGGAACGUCCACCAUUGGUAGCAAUUACCAGGCAAUGACAAACGCAGACUAUAACAACUGAGAACACUAGUGUAUAUAACAAUGAAGUGUAAAAUGUAGUCAUGAAUCAUGUGUUAAGUUGUGCAAUAAA